AUGGGGCUCCCAGCUGCCCAACGAUUUGUACCUCUCUUUGAGCGAAGAGUAGCUCCCUCGAAAUUUAUAUUCAGCACUUCCCGAGCUUUCUCUGCCACUGCCGCUGGGCAGGCGCGAAAGAGCGACCAAGUAAUACCUAACACAUCUAUCAAAGUCUUCCGCGAGAUACCAGCCCUUCGACAAUGGCGCUCCAAACAGCUGCACGAGUACAGGUCCGUUGGUCUUGUGCCCACCAUGGGAGCUCUUCACGAAGGCCACCUCUCCCUCAUCCGGCUAGCAGCUAAAGAGAAUUCGGCUGUGGUGGUCAGCAUAUACGUCAACCCGACCCAGUUUGGUGUGCACGAGGAUUUGGACAGCUAUCCCAAGACGUGGGAGAAGGAUACGGAGAUGCUGCGAGACUUGGAUAGAGAGCUGGCUGCGGAUGGUGGGAAUUUGGGGAAGAUCGCAGCAGUGUUUGCGCCGACGACGGAGGAAAUGUAUCCCAGUGGGCCACCGAGCCAGGAAGUGGAUGGGAAGGGGAGCUUCGUUACCAUCACACCUGUUGGGGAGGUGCUGGAGGGCGCUAGCCGGCCUACCUUCUUUAGAGGGGUUGCUACGGUCUGCAUGAAGCUUUUCAACAUUGUCACGCCUGAGAAAGUGUACUUUGGUCAAAAGGAUAUACAGCAGACAGCAGUUAUCAAGAAGAUGGUCAAGGAUUUCCGGAUGGAUACGCAGGUUAUUGUCGGAGAGACGAAAAGAGAGCCUGACGGGUUGGCGUUGAGCUCGAGAAAUGUAUAUCUCGGAGUUAGAAGGAGGGAAGCCGGCACGGUACUCUCACAUGCCUUGAGAGUAGCCGAGAGAGCGUAUUCAUCAGGGUCACGCAGAAGACGCGAUAUCUUGGAUUCGGCAAACAAGUUGGUUGAAUCGCGAUUGGAAGAGCAGCUCCACAUGGGGCCCGAGAAGCAGGUCAAAUUUGAGAUCGACUACAUCUCGUUGGCUGAUCCUGAUACCAUGCAGGAGCUGGACGAAGUGGACGACACCAAGGGGGCUAUUCUCAGCGGAGCUGUGAAGAUGCUGCCUGUCGAGUCCCCGCAGGCAGGGGAAGAUAUCGGCUUAGCUGGUGGUCCACCCGUGAGGUUGAUUGAUAACAUCGUCCUCAAACCUGUAAAAGUAUAA